ACCGCGACCAGACAGUUGGAAAUUUCUUUAGUGCGGGUUUGCCCAAUAGAGUACUUCAAAGCGAAUGUGAACCCUGACUUGAGUGGAUGAACGACUGAAACUUUUUUGGAAACGUUAUUUUAAGAGUUGUUAAAAAGAUGAUCUUAUGGUUCACUCCAUGAUGCCCCACUCUUCCAAGCCUCGAUCCCACCCUUGUGGUCUUUGUGACAAGUAUACUGCCCAGGAAUCAACAGUCAACAGGCACCAGCGAAUGCAUGGUGAAGAGAAACCCUACAAAUGCCCCUACUGCAACAAAAGUUUUAGUCAUUCUUCUGGUUUGGUUCUGCAUAAACGGACCCAUGCUGCGGAGAAGCCUCAUACCUGCCGUAUUUGCAGCAAGACAUUCAUUUCCUCUCUCAUCUGACGCUCCACAUGCGCUCACACACCGGAGAGAGGAAGUACAAAUGCGGCGUAUGCUCAAAAAUGUUCAUGCAGUCGUCCCAACUUAUGUGUCACAAGGCCACCCACUCGGGCGAGAAACCAUUCAAAUGUCCAGACUGCAACAAGUGCUUUGGCCGAUCCUCACACUUGAAAACCCAUCAGAGGCUGCACACGGGUGAAAAGCCUUUUAAGUGUACACAGUGUGAUAAGGCUUUUAUACAAAAGGCCGGACUUGUAGUUCACAUGCGCCUGCACACAGGCGAGAGGCCUUUUAAAUGCGAAAAGUGUGGGAAGGGCUUCCGCACAUCAACUCACCUGCUGAACCAUCAGGCUCUGGAGUUAAAUGAGAGCAGGUUCGUCUGUACCACGUGUCAGAAAGGCUUCAGGUCAAUGUCAAUGCUGAAACAACAUGAAAAAAGCCACCAGACGCUCUGCUGUAGCGUAUGCUCGGGAGCCUUCGCACAAUCCUCAUAUCUGCAGCUGAAACUGCACAUAAGCAACGGAGAGCAUCUCUACCAUUGCAAGGUGUGCAACAAGACGUUCACAAAGAUGUCCACCUUCGAGAAACACUGCAUUAAGCACCAGAUGCAGACGGAUGAAGGAGAGGCCGAGUGCCAAGAGGAAGCUGGGGAUGAUCCCCUAUUUCAGCCUUUUGUCACCGAUUCCUCAACAUCCUCGAAAUCAGAAGUCAACACACGUUCCAAAACAAGAGCAAAAAUUAGAAGUAACAUGGAAAACUGACAGUAAUGCAAUUUAUCAUUUACACAAAAAAUGCUGUUUAUAUGCUUAAAGUUUCGAUCUGUUCAUAAUUGCAUUAAAUAACGAAGAGCUGUUUGCACACAAAAGACUUAUAAGUCAUACAGUAGGGUUGGGUUAAAAAUUGAUUCUCUGAUUUUGAACAACCUUCAAUUUAACUAUUGAUUUGGGAAAUCCUGAAUAAAUUCUUAAGGGAGUUGCACACUGGACGUGCACAUUAAACAGCGCGAGCUUAGUCAGACUUAAUUCUACUUCAAGAUGCAAAAUAUGCGUUAGCAGCCUAUGUUAUUUGUUAACGAUUUGGGACAAAUAUGAUGUUAUUUAAAGUUAAACUAUGUGAGUGCCGCUCUGUGGUGCGGCAGGGAUUUGAGCAGCGUCCAGAGGCACAGCUGCUGUCAGACGGCGCCGGUGUGCGUACAUUCAUAGAAAAUAAUGUGUUUGAUUUUUAGUAUAGUAUGAAUCCUGGUAGUAUGAAUGAGAUUCGGACGUACUACAUCCGCCAUGUUGCUACAUCACGUGACAUACGUCGUCAUCACUUCAUGUCAUUUCAGCGCGAAAACAGCCGCAUGCUGCUUCUUCUUCGUUGGAUAACUCCUCUCCCGGGGCAUCAUGGGAUAGUGAAGUGUCCAUCGUAUGCAAAAUCUAACCGGAAGUAGUAGGUCAUCCGGGUACUUUUCGCAUACUGUUUUUCGAAUACUACGCAUUCGGACAUACUACUCGGCUCGCCUACUGCUUUUCGGGUAAUUUAUAGUAUGAAGUAGGCGGUUUCGGACACAGCAUGUGAAUAUUAUGUGUAGUUUGCACC